AUGGAGGAAAACAAAGCUCACAUCACUUUCUCCGGUGACGAAGACUUUAAGUGUAAACUGUUUCCGUUCAAAGAGAAUAUCACUAACGCGCAUGUUCAGCUAAGAUUACUGUUGGAUGCCUACCAAGCAGCAGUGACCUGGGUUGAGUCGGUUUCCGCGCAAGGGUAAGUUCUUAUGUCCAAGAUUUAUUUUGCAAUUUUCUAUUGGUUAUCAUUAGAUCCCAUCGACCGUGGUGCCUUAGGACACCUCAUGAAAUUUACAUAACGUAGUUUUCCUUGGUUAGGUUCUAUAUUUGGGUUGGGGUUGAUGCUCUAAAUCCGCAGUGGUCUAGUGGUUAGCGUGGCACACUAGGUUUUCUAGGUCGUGGGUUCAAAUCGUACCGCUUUUCAUAUCAUAAUUUUAGCUAUUUUUUUUCUUCCUUCAAAUUGAAGAGACUUGUACUUUCAUGAACAUUUCAGGCUUGAAAUAUCAUUUAAGUGUGAUAUAAAAGCAAGAAAACGGUUCUACCUUGUGUAAAUUUCAUAAGGGGAGAAAGGGGUUACGGCGGAUGGGAUCUAAUGCUGACCUUCUCUAUCAAGCAAAGCGAGGAUAUGGCGGGACUAACUUAGCGCUAUUUACUUAUAACACUGAAGCUAUGAGAUUAAGACUUGGAUAUAAUUUACAGAACGUUUAUAGCAGUUUAUAAUGUCAUGGGUCACAAAUUACUCCUUAAUUCUGGUUGAAAAUAUUUCGGCGUUUAUUUAUAAUUUACAUGUGAAAUUAAAAAAUUGCCAUGACAAUGUUUCGUGUGCCUCAGUAUCAGACAUAAGUCUACAGUGUUAAAAUCUAAAAAGUAGUGCUUUACAGUUGAAAUUAUUUUUAAUAUUUUAAUCAUAUUUUUGAUUUUAUAAAACUUGUUAUUUUACUGUCAGUUAAAAGUAAUGGAAAGGAGUUGACCGUUACUAAUAAAGCCAACGUUUUCCGGUAUUAAUAUUUACUCGAAAGAACAACACUGUGCUUCAGCCUGAGUUGUCGAUGAAACUUCCUAUCCAAAUGAUAUGAUAGUAGAUUCCAGUAGUCAGUAACCUUUUCUUAUUUUGCUCAGGUUCGUACAAAAAAGGAAAACAGAAGUGCGGAUUUAAAAGCUUGUUGUUUUUUAAAGCCUUUCUCUCUUCGAAAACCAAGUAUUAAAAAUAACAAAUAUCACAGUAAACAACAACAAUGUACCAAAUUAAUAAACCGCAAUACUUCUGGGACGGUGCGGCGAUUAUUCGGGGAUGGUGCAUGCUUUUCCCAGUUUAAGGUAAGCGUUAAUUGCCAAACUGCUAAAGCCCCAUAAAGGCCCCCUGGAAGGGCCAAAAUUGCUCCAGGAUCUUGCGCUUUGACUAGUGGCUGUUUUCUUAUACAAUCUUUUUAAUUUCCCUGUAGUUUUACUGGAUGUGUCGCUAUCUCCGGACCGAAAUUGUUCAAAACAAUAUAUCUGACUUGGAUGGCUUUUGAACCUUCAGAUGUAGUCCCCAUCGGGGGUCUUGUUAGACAGGAGAGUAUUCCCUUGUGGACAACAGGAACCAUAUGCAUCGAAAUUAAUAGUGGGAACCAGGUAAGUGCUGUAAAAAAUAAUCUUAUUAUUUCACCUUUGACAUCGGUAUGGGUUUAGAAAAAAUAUUACACCAUGCGUCAAAGAGUUAAAGAGGGUAAUUGUUUUCAUUUUUUAGGUCUCUGAUUUCUAGGAUAGUUUGCGUGGACAAGCGUUAUGAUUGGUCGAUGAUAUUCAAGGCAACCAAUCAAAAGUAACACUAUCCCAGAACUCGUUGCACCGAAAGCUUCUACCCAGUUCCCCUAAGUUUUUGGAGUGGGGAAUUAAAUUAUAAUAAAUGUAGGCUUACGUGUGUUGUCUGCGGGCAGAAAUGUGUCAUAGGUGUGGUUUACACCUUAGAUGACUACACCAGAAUACGAAAAAGUGGAAAUCGCACUCAAAAGCUGUCUUAAGCAUUUACUGGACUGUAGACUGCACAAACGGUUUUUUCUCCUAAUCGGUUUAGCGUAGCGUAAGAAUAGCGUAGUCUCGCUCUCUCAUGCGCGCGUACUUGAAUAGGCAAAAUAGGGAUUGUUUUGUAGUGUAACUGGACUGUAACACAAGAACAUAGCUUACCUAGUGUCGUAGCAUUGGCGCUGUAAAUCAGCCACCCCCUCCGCCUCCGCGCACCUUUGUUCGGACGAAAAAUUUGUGGGUUCAGCCUAUAGGUUUGACUUUCCAGUCGAGAAGCUGGUAUACAACUCACGGUGGAUACAAUUCGACUCGCUAGAUAACUAUAUUGUUAUACUACUAGGGCCUAAAUGUGAAGACAAUUCCACAGUUCAUCAUCUCCAACAUUUCUUUUGAUUUCCAGUUUUCCGGCAACAAGCCGAAGGUAUUCCUUACCGUUGUUCACACAGAUCCACCCAAAAAUAUCCAUGAUGCAACAAGCGUAUGGGCUGAGGAAGUUACUCCAAUAAAAUUUAAAGUUUGUCUCCGGGAGUUGAAGAACUUCGACGGCGUCCAUGAAAACAUACGAGUGGUAAGUACCGAAACGUUUUCAUUUUUAUUCACCAAGAGUUACUAUAGAGCGUUUUCGCUCACGUGGCCAGCAUCAAGUGCAAAUUUAUUGGAACAAAGGAAAGCGUUUGCAUAAAAAGGAGUUCAACUCCCACAGGAUUGAUUCGAAACACCGACAUGGCCGUCGUUUCAUUGUUUUGGGACACCAAUAUGGCCGCCGUGACGUCAUGUGAAAACACUUUUGUUUUGGUUCAUCAAUAUGGCGGACGUGACGUCACUGUGAAAACGCUCUAUAAAAAAUUACGACUCUUAUCAAUAGUGUUUCUUCUCCUUUUAAUUUACUUCUGAAUGCAAACACUAAUGUCGCCUACACUGGGAUCCCUAUCAACUUAAAACUAAAGCUCUCACAAGUACCGGCGGAAAUUUGUCUGAAAUUUGAAAGGGUUGCAAAAAGGCCUUCUUCUCUACCGAAUUUUUUAAUAUAUUCACUUCAUAAUGAUGCUAACACUUUUAAGAUACGUCUUCAGUUCUAAUAUUUAGCGGUUUUUCCGAACUCGAAACUGGUCGAUUAUUGGAGGCAUUUGAAUCUCGUUUUCAGGCCAUGAAUCAAAUUCAUUUCGAAUGAAUUUAGAAAUUAUUUCAAUACUGGUUUUAAUAUAAAGGUUUCAGUUAUGAGUAAAGAUCCCUCAAAGCCACAACACUUUCCGAAAAUCAAACCAAACUAUAAUCGUCCUCAUGAAAUUUGGUUAAUUUGUGUAGUGUUUAAGUGAGGCAAGCAAAGUUUGGCCAGUUAGUUCUCAAAGUUUUACUAAACUUAAUUAUUUAUCUCAUAGAACGUGUUAGCAUUAUCGUCUAAACCAAGUGCCUGGGACAUUGUCAGCUUGAAUGACGUUAAUAUGCCCAAUACUGGAUUUCCGAGUGAGAAGUACGAAUACAGCUUUUGUCAGGUUAGUGCAAGAGGCCAAAAACAGUCUAGCAUCUCGGGUCUAGUAUACAGUAAAGGAACAAGACUGCAACACACUGAAAUGACGCCCGUAAUAGAGUUAAUUGGCCGCGCGUGAUGGACUUUAUGUCACCUCCUUUGAGUACAGCAUCGCCGCCGUAAUGGUCAAGCAUUUUCAUAUCCCUCAGAGUUGAAAAAGGUGUCAAGAAUGGGUUUUCUCCGAUCACUGGCGUGUCGCGCUUAGCCUGGGCCAUAUGAAUCCCGGUAAAGAAGAAAACUUCACUCGAUCCGCAACUUACAGAUUUCACAGACUUCAAACUCGUUUAGAAAGGAGUACAUAAGUUUACCCGCCUUUAUCUUUUCAACAGCAGCCAUUCCUUUCCGAGGUCGACUUUUUAUAAAUAUAAAAAGUUUUACUUUGUCUUGUCUUGCAGACGGUCACUUUCGAUCCCAAGUAUUACUAUGUUCCCAAGGUUAUGACAACAGCUGCUCAUGACAAACUGCUCAUUGAACCUGACAACAAUGCAAUCACUGAGUGGGUUACGGUGAGUUUAGAUGGAAUCUUUCUGAAUGUCUCGAGUUCUUUCUACCAGUAACAUAUUACAGACCUUUAGAUUCUAAGACAAGGACGACUACGACAACGAGAUUUUCUCGAUACUAAGCAGUGGGACCCGGGGGGCCUGCCCCCCCCCCCCUUAUUUUUAGACCAAACUGAGGCCCGAAGGGCCCAAAAAAAUUUUUUUGGAGACCGCUCCCGCUCCACCCCUUUAUCUAAGGGUCUGGAUGACAAGGCUCUUCCCUUAUCUCAACGUCUGGAUCCGGGACUGCCAAGUCUGGUUCACAGCUUUACUCGUCCUGCACAACCCGAGCGAUAAUUUCUAACCCUCGUGCGCCCUCCAGAAAAGCUUGCUUGUAGACUACGUAAAUUGUAGUUCAAACAAGCCAUAUCUUAAAUCAGAAACUCAUAAGGGGUUGAAAACCCCCUAUGAGUUUCUGCUUAAAUUCAAAGGAAUAUAUAGCACGUUUUCCGUACGGUUAUUUACCAUUUGCUUUGGCACUGAAAUUGGCUGUUUUAAACGGCUAAAGUAAACACCGUUCCACUUCUUUCAACUAACAGAAACGAAAUGUAAAAAAGUUAACAGUUACGUUUUGCGUUACGCGGGUAACUUGGGGAUACAGCUCGAAAUUUCAUUGGUUCAUUGAUUUGCUUUCGUUUGCCGUGAUUGGCUAAAGUCGUUGCUAUGGAUUUUGGUUGCUGUGUUUAUUGCAUUUGGUAAUUGUAUUAUUGGCUGUCAUGUUUCUUCAUGUGCUUUUUCAGUCUGUGGACAAGGAAACGUUCGAGGUUUGUUUGAAGGACAUCCAACGCUAUGAUGCUCAACAUGACGCAGUCACUAUCAAUCUUAUGGUGAUUGGACGUGAGUAAAAGUUUUUAGCAAUGUCCAUAAUAACCCUUCAUAAUACAUAGUACCAAGCAAAUUCAAAAUUCAAAGAUAAUUAUUACGUUUCCAAAUCUCAGAAGAUAAAGAUUGUCACGUGACUGCACUGCUAAUGAUCAGUAGAGGCAGGGCAAUGUUCAUUUUUUUUUGCACUGAAAAAAAUGCCAUUCUAAGGUGCUUAGUUAGAUCUCCAGAAUCAUCAGCUGAAAUCUAGCACUCUAUUUAAUGGCUUUUAAUAUUAUUUUGCUUGUAAAAUCCCCAAGGCUACCAUCUCGUUUACUAAGGGCACGAUACAAUUUUGCUGUAAAAAUGGCAAAUAUUCGCUCUCGCAUUAAGACAACUUCUUUAUUCAAAUUUGACGUAUUUAAUGUUUUUGUUCCUUUCGCGAGCUGUGUUUCUUAAAGUUAUAAAUAAAGAGGACGCGCUCUUUUUUGGGAAGACUGAACACUUUUAUACAUUGCUUAACACAAUACGGCUUAAACCCUGAUAUAUGUAAAAAAGAUUAAGAUAUAGUUCUUAAUAUUAACAGUGCUGCAAACACCUCCGUUUUUUGAUAGUCUAAAUUUAAGGCAGUGGUAUAAAUUGAUGUAUUUGUUAGUUGCUAUCUUCAGUAGCCUUGCAGCUCUUUAGAACCUCUUACUUAAUUCGAUCCCUAUGGGUCGCAGUUCUUUUGUUCCCUUAUUUUUUCUUCCUCGAGUUAAUUAUAAAUUUCCCUCAACAAACGAGGCUUAGGAGAAUGAAACAAAACAAAUUUGAGGCUCACGGAUAAAUAUAACAUAUCCUUUGUUUUAUUUCGCCCAGUCCUCGGAACCGGCGUUAAUUUUAAUGUAUCGAAACUAGUCUUAUCUGUCGGUUACAGGAAUUGAUCCAUGUGACAAAGCUAACUGUUCUCCGGACAAAUACUGCGUCGUGAAUGAGAACAACUGGUCGUAUACCUGCGUCUGCAACACCUGCGAUAAAACCAAGGCAGAGGUUUGCGACACAAAUGGCGUUACGCAUCUCAACUUAUGUACGCUUAACAGAUUGAUCUGCCUCGGACAAACCAAUGCUACUAAAGACCAUGAUGGAGCCUGCGCACGUGAGUAUUACUCGAGUUAUUUGUUUGGUAUCAAAGAGGUGUCAAUCUAUAAAAGUGCCAUGGCAACGUUCCGUUCGUCUCAGUGCCAAGAUGGCGUCGAAGUUUUAAAAUCUUAUGAUGUCAGGGCUUUUGUGAACUUAAGCCAAAAUUUAAGCUCUAAUUUUUUCAGUGCUUGGAGUUCUCGAUACGAAAAACAAGUAAAAAUAAAAAAAAAACGAUUGUGAGGUUAAUUUAAGUGUCACCCGUUUUCUUAAUAGGUAACCAAAUGGCAAACUCUUGAAAUUAGGGAAUCAUUUUACGCACGUUUUGUCCAUUACACAUACUUUAAAUCAAAUAAAUGGACCAUACUGUCCUAUAAAAUUUGCAAUUGCUUACAACCGAAGCUCGUGUCAGCAGAUCAGCAGAGUUAAAAAAGGAGACUGGUUAGGAAAAAGAUCAAAGAUAGGAGACAACAACGCUACAGUUUGUGAUGGGAGUUCCCUGACGCUGCACAAUCCUUUGUUUUUUUGUUCAAAAAUUGACGGAAUAAAUUAAGCGUCAUUUUUAUUGGUCAGUAAGAUCAAAAUAAUACGAAUGCUAUUUACCUUGUGCACCUUCAAGUCCACAAAAACAUACCGUAAAAUGCCGAAAAUAAGCCCCGGGGCUUAUAAUUUUCAAAGGCCCUUUUGGAGGGGCUAAUAUUCGGAGGGGCUUAUGUACGGAGGGAAAUUUGCGUUUCAGAAUCGAUUGGGCUAGCUUGUAGUGGGAAGGAAAUUUACCAUUUUUGCUUUGUUUUACUUUGUAUUCGAGGGCAAAUUCCAAGUACCAGCCCCCCAGGGGGCUUAUUUUCGGAGGGGCGAUUUAACGGAGGGUUUUUUGAGUUACGAUUUUGAGGGGCUUAUAUUUGGAGGGGCUUAUACAUAGAGGAGCUUAUUUUUGGAAUUUUACGGUAGCUAAAGAGUCUGACGGGUUACGUCACCAUUCAAUUAAAUUCUUGAGAAGACAGUAGUCUCUUUAAUAAUUUGCCAGCGCGAUUUUCAACACUGUGUAAAUUUAUCUUAUUCUUAGCAUUUGUCAUGGAACGUGGGCGCGUGGCAUUGCGUUUGAGCACAACCGAUGUGCAAUGCAAGACGGUCAACUUCAAUCCUACAAGUUUUCAGAGUAACGAAGCGAGAAUCAACGUGCAUACAUCUAUCAACUACUUCAACUAUUCGGGCAAUUUCAUCCAUGACGCCGCGGUUACAUGGAUCGAGAGUGUAACUUUCACGAGCUUCAAAGUGUGCGUUCUCAAAGCAGGGAGGGCUGAACGUUUGACCCCUGACAAUGGCGUAACGUUUGUGGACUACAUCGCUUUCCAAGAGUCGCCUGCCGGCGCAGAGAGCAGCCAUCUGAGCAUGGACAAUUGGUGGGAUGGAACAACAUGCAAGUCCGUUACCUUUGAUGUGAGUAAAAACUACGCUUGCAAUACUAGUGGUCCAGUAUUGUACAUACAUUCAAUAGCGGGAGAGAAAUCAGCACACUUUAGCCUUAAUUUGGGAUUUUUAUCUCGGGAUCAAAAAGUUUAGACCACCUUGUACAACUAAAAAAAUAGUACUACAGGAAAGCAUUACUCAACAGUUAGUUUCAUUUAAAUGGCCACAAGAUAGGAUUUUUUUUUCCAAUCAAUCAAAAGUUAGAAUCAUCUUAUAACGCACAAUUACUGACAGAGCUAGUCUACAGUAACUUUUAUCUGAAUGGUUACACUUCCAGAUUUCAUCCACAUGCACAAACUCAAAAGUAAGAAACCUCUCGCACAGAAUUAUAAACAACACAAAAAGGAAAGUACAGCUGACAGUAGCUGUAAUCAGAACGGUCAGACUCAUGGACUUGCUCCAGUCAUUCAAGUUAAAACCCACUCGUAUAGUGUAAUAAACGGUACUACACGAAAGUACUGGUCAGUAGCUUUCACUUGAAUGCUCCCACUUUAGGGUGUUAUACACAAAAGUUAGUAUACAACCACCUCGAAUAGGGAAGUAUUACACAGUAUAGCUUCCAUCUGAAUAGUCACACAUCCUCGGAGUUUCUCUACCGACUCGGCAGCGUAAUGAACAGCUUCGCACAUCCAAAUUCAUCAGGCCCUUCCUCUGUUAUGUUGCAGACAAGCUACACCAAGACACCCUAUGUUUUCCUAAGCGCAGAACACUCGGUCAAGGGAGUCAAGCAUGACGCUGCUACUGUUUGGGUUGAAAACGUGAAUACCAAGGGUUUUCAGGCAUGUUUGAGAGAACUGCAGAACUUUGAUGGCCUACACGAAAACAUCACAGUGGUGAGUUGAACUGUUCACUGGAGUAGGGAUGAUUCUCUAUCGCGACAAAGUUACCCUCCAAUUCUUCAGUUGCCAAAACAUUACAAAUUUUCUCUAGUCUGACAAUAACAAACUUUAUUUACUUUAAAAAACAUGAGAUGCUGGUCCGUAAAGUGGCAGAAAAAGUAAUCGAGGCGGGCCAGUUUUAAGAUUAGUACGGUCACAUGACCUCUUAUGCAAAUGCCAAAUUGGAUGCGCGUUUUACGACGUAAUAGGCAUUAGCCAAUGAAAAUUCGGCGCAGAGCGCUUUAAUUAAAGGAUGACAACAUAAAAAUUUCACCCAUGUCUCCUGAUUCAAGAGCUGAGUCCACUUCUGUCGGCAAAUCGAAACCAUGGACAGUUGUGUAAAAAAUCAUUGCAUGCACGCGCAUGUUACAAUAGGCUCAAUGACCAGCGGCUGAUCUGGAAAUGAGCCCGCGCUUCUCUCUUCUGGGGAGGACAGAGAGAGCGGUGGAAAUCAGCAGUGAUCAAGCCUUGUGUCAUACUCCUUUUGAGCCAAAAAGUCACUAUUCACCAGUAGUUGCCUUUUCUUAUCUGUUUUUAACAUUGUCUGCGACUUGCGACUCGUUCACUCGUAGAUUCAUAGACUUGCUACAAGUCGACCUCUUAGCGAGCGGAGCGAGCCUUGUUUGGCCGCGAAGCGGCCGAACGCGAGCGACGAAGUCGCGAGAGCUUCGUCCCGCGCCAUAUGAAAUCCGACGAAGGGCUUUUUGAAAGUCUAGUAGAUUCACUAUGCUUUAUUUCUUGCUUUGUUUUAGAACUGGGUUUCUUACCAGACUCUAGAGAAAGCCGCAGAACUCAACAUCACGCAACAGAGAAUCAACUUUGAUAAUGAUGACGUAUUACCUAAACCCGGAUAUCACAACGCUUUCUGCCAGGUGGAAACUCUUUGCAUUAGUUUUGGAAAGAGAGUGACCUUAAUUUGAAAAUGAAUUAAAGGAACUGUGUCACAAAAUUAAUCAAAUUUCGAACAGUGGGAGCUUCGCCAAAUUAAGUGAAGCAUAAGAAUAACAGCUCAAAACAUUAAAAUAAAGUAUAAAUAACAGAGAAAAUGAAAUGCGAAAAGAGGCAUGGAUAGACAAACGUGAAGAAGCAAAUUUGUGGUUUUUGAAAACUUGUUUGCCUGACAGUUUUUCAAGGUUUACUUUUGUUGUCUGUAAGUAACGUUUAAUUUGAUGCUUGGGAGAUAUUUACUUUGUCAUGAGCCUGUGGUUUUGUAAUUUGCUAGUAAUUUCGUCGCCAAAGUAUACUGCGAGUAGUCCCCCAUUUUCCCUCAGGGAUAGUAGACCGAGCGAAACGCAAGCGCGUGACUAUCACCCCACGCGAGAAAGGCGAUGAUUUUCACGCGCGCUCGCGUUUCGCUCGCUCUAUUCCUGAGGAGAAAGUGAGGGACCACUCGUAGUUUAUCACUAAAGCUAAGUUACAUUUCGAAUAAGCGUGACACAGUCCCUUAAACAUGCAUUUCCUGAAUUAUAAAAAAAAUUACAAAAUUGAUUUUUUUUGUAGGAGGUUAGCUUAGGAAAGUCUUACUCGAAAACGCCCACCAUCAUCGUGUCAGCGUCUCACACCCCUGGAGUCGUACCCGAGUACAACAGUAUUGCACCCUGGAUAGAGGUACUGCAUAUCGCAAAUUAAAAUUCUUUAACCAUUAGUCCAAGUAAGAAUCUGACCAGAAUUUCAAAUCAACAAACUAGCAACUUAACGGAUAGCCCCAAAGCAAUUCAUUCUUUCAGAGCUAAAUGAUUGUCGAACAGCCAUUCGUCACCUUGCGUUUAUCAUUCGUUGCAUCAUGUUUUACAAGCGACAUUCAGUUUAGGGAAUUGUACGUUAUUUCCCAUUCAAUUUUUCCCCUAGACCAUUGUCUAAAGAAAAAUUAGACUUGCUACAAUUCGUCCUCUCAUAAGUUCUUAUGCAUGAGGUCGCGCAGCGACCGACCAAGCGACGAAGUCUCGAGGUCUUUCUUUUAGAAAGUCUUAAGAAAAAUGGGCUUCCACAGAAUGCGAACAAAAACACGUCGCUCAAAUAUCUUAUCAACUGGUUUGCUUGCAAACUGUUGUAAUUUUGUAGGCGCUAUUUCCUCAUGAGCAGGACAUCUGUCUUAAUUCAGGCCUGUAAAAUGUGUACUUUAUAUUAUAAUUACAAAAUGUUAUCUUUUUCAGGCCAUUAACGGAACUUACUACCAACUGUGCGUUAAAGAAAUUCACAAUCCAAAUGGCUAUGACCCUGUUAAAGUUACGGCAUUGAUUGUUGGUGAGUCUUUAGUUUUUUUGGCGAUAUCCGGCCGUACUAAAUAA